AUGGCGGAUCCCGAGUUUGAAUGGGGUCUUGUAUUCAACGCCGACGGAAGCAUGAACAUCCUAAGAUCUCCGUGCUUCGACGUGGGAUUUGAAGACGAGACCACCAUUGAAGAAUAUUUGGAGCGAGUCGUCUCAAUUCUUGCGAGCAUCUUCGACCGACGAUUCUCAAGCCACGAUUGGAGCCUCAUAAGCCGCCCACUACCUCCUUCCCCGCCGUAUUUCAUUCUUCCAGUGAAGCACAUUGGACCCGGAGUCUUAAGCAUGGCUAAUGCAGGCCCUGAUACUAAUGGAAGCCAGUUCUUCAUAUGCACAGUGAAGACUCCAUGGCUGGACAACCGCCAUGUCGUUUUUGGACAUGUUCUGGAAGGAAUUGAUGUCUUGAAGAAGAUAGAGUCCCAGGAAACCAGCAGGUCUGAUGUCCCAAAGCGCCCUUGUAGAAUUGUGAAUUCUGGUGAGCUUCCAGUCCAGAGCUGAAUGGAUCUUCUGCUUUGAUGGGCUUGCUUGGCUUAUUUUUACUUGCAGAAAUACUGGAAUAUUAUCUUUUUCAUCUCUGUAACUUUGAUGUAGACAUUUUUGCUUGCAUUAUGAGAGAUAUAACCAUUGAGGCUGCUCCAAAUUUCUGAAAAUGAUGAGGAGGCUAAUUUAGGGCUGUAACUUGAUUAUGCUCAGUUAUUUUCUAUCUUGUUUCUGCUUAGUUUUUUUUUAAAUCUUUCUUCUGUUGGCUCUUAUUUAUGUUAAUGAUUAUUGUUGAAAUAAAUGAGGUGAGAACAAUUUUCUUUUGA